AUGCGUGACUACGAUGCGGCCACCGCCUUCCUGGGCGAGUGGGGCCGCUUCCAACGCCUCGUUUUCUUCCUCCUCAGCGCCAGCAUCAUCCCCAACGGCUUCAACGGUCUCUCCAUCGUUUUCAUGGCCGGGACCCCCGAGCACCACUGCGCCGUGCCCCCCGAGGCCAACCUGAGCGCCGAGUGGCUUAAUGCCAGCAUCCCGCUGGAGACGCAGGGCGGGCAGGCGGCUCCGAGCCACUGCCGCCGCUACCGCCUGGCCGCGCUCCGCAACUUCUCGGCGCUGGGGCUCCGGCCGGGCUCCGACGUGGAGCUGAGCUCGCUGGAGCAGGAGCCGUGCCUGGACGGCUGGGAGUACAGCCGCGACGUCUACCACUCCACCAUUGUCACUGAGUGGAAUCUCGUCUGUGACAACGACUGGAAGGAACCUUUGAGCACCUCCCUGUUCUUUGUGGGUGUCCUGCUGGGCUCUUUUGCAUCAGGACAGCUCUCAGACAAGUUUGGCAGGAAGAAUGUGCUGUUUGCAACUCUGGCAAUGCAGACUGGCUUCAGCUUCAUACAGGUCUUCUCUACCAGCUGGGAGAUGUUUUCAGUGUUAUUUAUGCUGGUCGGCAUGGGACAGAUCUCCAACUACGUGGCAGCAUUUGUUCUGGGCACAGAAAUUCUUGGCAAAUCCAUUCGUGUGCAGUUCUCCACUCUGGGUGUUUGUAUAUUUUAUGCAUUUGGCUACAUGUUGCUGCCACUGGUUGCUUACUUUAUCAGAGACUGGAGGAUGCUGCUGCUGGCACUCACCUUACCUGGGCUCCUCUUCAUCCCACUCUGGUGGGUGAUUCCAGAAUCUCCACGGUGGUUGAUCUCCCGGGGAAGAUUUCAAGAGGCAGAAGACAUCCUCCACAAAGCUGCAAAAAUGAAUGGCAUUACAGCCCCAGAUGUCAUACUUGACCCUAGUGAGCUGCAGGAUAUGAAUUGCCAGAGCCAGCAGACCUACACCAUUUUGGAUCUAAUGAGAACCCGAAAUAUCCUGACCAUCACAAUCAUGUCAGUGCUUCUUUGGAUGAUAAUCUCUGUGGGUUACUUUGGGCUUUCUCUCGACACCCCUAACCUGCACGGAGAUGUCUACCUGAACUGCUUCCUCUCGGCAGUGAUCGAGGUGCCAGCCUACGUCAUCUCGUGGCUGCUGCUCCAGCACCUGCCGCGACGGUACUCAAUGGCUGCUGCGUUAUUCUUGGGAGGCUGUGUUCUGCUCUUCAUUCAGCUGGUGCCUUCACAUGCCCGUGCAGUCUCCAUUCUGCUGGUGAUGAUGGGGAAAUUUGGGAUCACCUCUGCCUUUGCAAUGGUUUAUGUUUACACAGCUGAGCUCUACCCAACAGUGGUGAGAAACAUGGGAGUUGGAGCAAGUUCCAUGGCCUCCAGGCUGGGCAGCAUCCUCUCACCUUACUUUGUUUACCUCGGUGCCUACGAUCGCUUCCUGCCUUACAUCCUGAUGGGGAGCCUGACUGUGCUCUCAGGAAUUCUGACUCUCUUUCUGCCAGAAAGCUUUGGUAUGCCUCUGCCAGACACCAUUGAUCAGAUGCUGUUGGUGAAAGGAUUAGAAUACAGACCUCCAUCUAGCAGCAAGAGGGAGUCCAGGGAGGAAGAAGAACAUCCAGAGAUUUCUAAAAGCACAGCUUUGUGAUGGAACUCCUCUGUGCUUCCUGGGGGACUGAGAGUGAAAUGGACUUCUCUUCUAAAAUUCAUUCUAGAAAGGGCUAGU